GGAUUCAACAAACAUGUCAUCCAAGGAUAAUACAUCUGAUUCACUCCAUUCAGUUUCCUCUAACGCAGCAUCCAUCAACUCUGCUGAUUUUCCAAUUGCUAAAAUUCAAACUACAGGUGAUGGUAAUGAAUUUGUUAUAAUCGGUAGAACAAAAUACUAUCGUCAUGAAUUAAUGAGUGCAUUUGCUGGUUCUUUAAACCCAGGUCUUCACCCUCCUUCGCCUCACCAUAUUGCUAACCCUGCACCUUUGGGGUUGGCUGCAUUUGCUGUUAGUACUCUUGUUAUGAGUUUAUAUGGUCUCCAUGCCAAGGGAGUAAUGAUUCCUAAUGUUGCUGUUUCGUUAGCUUUGUUUUAUGGUGGUGUUGGUCAAGUUACCUCUGGUAUCUGGGAAAUGAUUCAUGGAAAUACCUUUGCUGCUACUUCUUUAGUUUCAUUUGGCUGUUUCUGGUUUAGUUACGGUGCCAUGAUGACACCAAGCUUUGGAAUCAUGGAAGCAUAUAUAACUGAAGACCCUACUCAAUUAGAAAAUGCAAUUGGAUUUUAUUUGAUGGGUUGGGCUAUUCUUGCAUUAAUGUUUUUGAUUUUAACUUUCAAGUCUACACUUUCAUUUGUGUCAUUAUUUGUGUUCAUCUUUAUGACUUUCUUCCUACAAAGUAUUGGUGCUAUGGUCAAUAGUCCAACAUGUACUUUAGCUGGUAACUAUUUUGGUAUGUUCACCGCAGCAUCUGGAUUCUAUAAUGCAUAUGUUGGUAUGGCCACUAAGCAAAAUUCAUAUUUCCAGUUCUCUGAAUUUCCAAUUUCAAUGUUUUCCAAGAAGAAAUGA